CCUGAGAUGAGGCAGCCUCCUCCCGGGAAUGGGCAUCUGAAGUCUCCAUCGUCAUCAAAUACAACUCCUGUCAUUCUCCUCUUCCAUUCACCUACCCAAAGACCAAAUCUGGAAAUAGUAACCAAAAGAGAAGCCCACGUCACACACAGAGCAGGGAAAGGUUGAAAUAAUUGAAGGGUUGGCCAGAUGCACUGGGGCAUGGAGUGAACAGAAAGAGGUUAAAUUGAUGGAUGACCAACAAGAGCAGGAUUGUGCCUCAGAAGACCAAGAAACUAUCCUGAUUAAUGGGGUGAAAGAAAAUGAGUCGCACGCCCUGGACGCCGAUGAGAGGCCCUGCAGCGCGGCCGAGGCAGCGGCGCCGUUCCCGGCGCUGAGCGCGGCUCCCAAGGAGGGCCCCGCGUGCCACCGCGUCCCCACGGCCAAGAAGCCGUGCCUGCUGAGCCCCCCGUCCCCGCUGCGCCUCACCGAUGUCCCCGAGCACGCCUCGGACGACUCGUCGGCCCACGCCAUCUCCCUGACGUCGUGCGUGACCAAGGGCAUGAGCUCGUGGUCGCUGCCGGGCGACUGCGAGAAGGCUCCGUUCAGCAUGAUGGAGCCCGGGGGGAUGUCGGCGCUGACGGGAGACUGCCUGAUGCAGCCGAGCCGGACCUGCCUGGGCUGCUUCAUUGAAUCCAAGGACGGCAUCGAUGCGGAGCCGGGAAUAAGCUUGAAAGUGGGGGAUAUAAAUAGGGAUUAUGACACCUGUUCGGUCUCUGAUAUAGGGAUUCACUGCAUGAGCACAGGAGAAACCAUGAGAUAUGGGGAUCAACUGCUUUCAGACCAGCUUUUAAGCUUCCCUAUGCAUAAAUCGAGGGCAGCGGACAAAAGAGAUGCAGAGAAAUCUGACAGUGAUUCAGAGGACCCCACUCAGAAAAAUUAUUACGAGGGAUUACUAUUAGACAAAUGCAAUGGUGAGGAACCUUUACUAACAAAUCCCAACCAGGAAUGGGGCUAUUUUGAAUCUUUCAUUAGUGAAAGUAAAAUUGAGCUGCUUGACCUCUGCUCCAAAAAUGAGCUUUCUGUAAAUCUGUUUUCCGAGGAAGACGUGGACAAUUACAUGUUCGAUGAUGACGAUUCCACCUUGGGAAGUGAUGUCUGCUCCCUAAAGAUUAGAUACGAAUCUUUCCAGGACAAUGUGCGGGAGAAGACCACCACGCUACAAGAGGACGCCCAGUUCAACUUCUUCCCCAGCGUGUUCAGCAACUGCACCAAAAGGGACAGCAGGAGCACCCUGAAAAGGGGGCCCAGCGGUGCCACCGACCCUUCUCAAUUCAAAUCCGAGGAAGGCAUCAUCUGGGGGGAGGAGGAGGAGGACGGCGAGGAAGAGGACGGUGAGGAGGAGGAGAAAGCUGCCUUAAAUAAAUCUUGCAACAGCACAGAGAUGGUGCAGUACGUGGGCUCCAAGAGGAGCCACUUCUUGGACUCGGUGAAUUCCACAGAGGACUCCGGGGAGUUCAGCGACGACAGCACUUGCACGGAGUCCUCCUACGACGUGCUGCGGGACAUCAAGGACUGCAGCCGGUACCUGGCCCGGGACCACUCCGGCUCCUUCAUCCAGCAGAACUACGGGCUGCGGGCCAAGAGGAAAGUGCGAUACAGCGACGACUACCUGUACGAUGUGGACUCCAUCGAGAACGAGAAGAUCCUGGACAAGAAGGAGUGGCUCCCCGACGGGCCCAAGGAGGAGGACGACGACGAGUGGUGCCCCAAGAAACGGCGAAAAGUCUCUCGCAAGGAGCCCCCCGUGAUCAUCAAGUACAUCAUCAUUAACAGGUUUAAAGGGGAGAAGCAUAUGCUGGUGAAGCUCAGCAAAGUGGAUGCCAACGAGACAACUGUUACUCUGAACGAGGAGCUGCUCAGUAAAUACAAGAAGCUGGCCCCACUGAAGGGCUUCUGGCAGGAGAGGCAGCAGAGCCGGCUGGAUUUGCUCAGAUCGUCUCUCUACCACAAGCAGAAUUUCUAUCUUAACGGCUCAGAUGCUUCGUUCCUCCCUCACCCACGGAAGCGAAAAUGCAAGCUAGCAAACAGGCACCGGAUUCAAAGAAUUAAAGCCAUCGAGCAAUCAGUGAACAAGCUGGGCUCGUGCUCCUCUGAUCACAAGCAGCCUUGCAGCAGUAAGGAGGACGUGGGCCUGAAAGGGCUGCCGGCAUUAGCCAUUGCCACCCCCAGCUGUGCCAACGGAUUGCACGUCCACGACAUCGCGGGCAUCGCCGUGAAAUGCAAACCGCAGGAGCGGGAGCACAAGGGGACGGAGCGGAAAGUGCUCCGCAGAAUCAAAUUCAAAAGUGAGGCCAGGUUGAAGUGCAAGAAGAUUAAAGCUGCCACCAGUACGGCAGAGGACUCUCCAGCCCUGGAAAACCAGGACUCCGCAGCGCGUCUGAAGGACGAAAACAGUCCCUGUGCUUCAGACAGCUCCCAUCUCCCAGAGUGCCACGAGGAUAAGGUUGCUAAAAAUUCUCCUUUCCUACCAUCCACCUCCUCUUCAGACAAGCCUCUGCCAUCUGCUAAUAUCACCACCAAUGUACCCCUGAUCCCCGGAGGGUAUCUGCAGACGUUGUUAGAUGCUUCAGAUCUGUCGAGCAACACGGGUAUCCCGUACUUCGCCCAGCACCCCUCCGAGCAGCAGCAGCAGCAGCAGCAGCAGCAGCAGCAGCACCCGCUCCCCAGCAUCGUCCCGCCGGAAAAGCCCUUCCCGUCCCUGCAGCCGGCGCAGAGCUGCGUGCUCUCCCCGCCCUCCGAGUCGGAGCUGCAGCAGUCGCCCGGCCACUUGGAGAUGGAGCAGGGCGGCUUCGGCAGCAUGUGGCCGGCCAGCAAGGGCAGCGAGCGCCAGGACUUCCCCGGGGACGUGCCGGAGGCGGCCGCAAUGCCGAGCGAGUUCGCGCCGGGCACGGACGGCCUCCCCGCCUCUGGAUACACUCAAGUCAAUCUGAAUAGCGGCAAAUUGCUAUACCAAAAAAAUUACAUGCCGGAUAGCCAACAAGUGCAGUCUGAUGAUUCUUAUCAGUCAUGUCAUUUCAAUAAUGGAGAGGGGCGCUUUCAUUUCCAACGAGGUACACUCAGUACGGAUGAUGGCAGGCUCAUUAGUUUUGAUUCAGUGGGUUCAUUGUCAGUUAGUUCUAGCAAUUACAGUUCUUUAAGUUUAAAGUCUUGUGAAAAGGACGGCGAGGAUGAUAUUAAUGAUGAUUUCUUGGCCCACUGCAGUCCCAAGCUAGUGAUCCAGCAGAGCAUAGAUGAAAUCACCCCUUUGAAGGAGUCCACGGACCUUUUAGACAUUUCCAACUUCACGCCUGAUAGGUUCCGCCAGUCGUCGCUUUCGGAGAUGUCCCCUCCAGACACUCCCAACCUGUCCCCACAGAUAGCUGGCUCCGAUGCCAAGCCUCUGGGCACCCUGAAGGGCUUUCAGGAGAGCCCCCAGGCCUCCCUCAACAGUUCCGAGAAGGUCAAGUGGAACUGUGGGGUCCUGCAGACCGAGGAUCAGGCAGAUAAUGGGUUUGCUUUAAAUAAUCACCAGUUCCAGUUCCAUAUGUUCAACGAUGAAGAUUCUGUCAGCCUUCUCGAAAAGAGUCCAUGCUUGUCAACAUUUAAUGAGCCAUCUGGUCAAAUUAGCACCAAUAGCAAAGUGUCAAAAUCGAAGAGGAAAAGUUCAUCCAGCAAGAAUGUGGGUACAAACCAAAGCUCUUCCCAGAAAGCCACCCGGAAAAAAUCACCCAAAACCAACAAAGGAACCGAUAAGCCGCAAGGGAAAAACUCCAGGCAGGCACCCAAAUCCACCAGGAAAGGGAAAAAUGCAGCAGGAGUCAACGGCGAGAAGGCUCCAGCUGUUGGUGGCAGGGUGGUCACUCAGCUGGGCACCGUGGCCACGGCCACCAAGGGCGUGGCCGAGGGCACUCAGCACUGCGGCCCGGCGGGGGUGAAGCUGGGCAAGCACAACGGGCUCUCUGGAGAGUGGGCACUGGGAAAAGAGGGGGGCACGGGCUGGUCAGAAGCCAGCCUGGGCAAUGCCACCAGCCUCCUGGACGAUGACCAGAGGGAGUUUGAGGAACCCUCCAACAUCCUGUCCAACAUCGCGUCGGGAAUGGCCGAUGUGCAGAGGUUUAUGAUGGCCUCCAUUGAGCCCUUGUGGGGGCCCGUCGGCCACAACAGCGUUCCAGACAUAUUCCGGUCACCGGAGUCCAACAGCCUGAAACUGAAAACUCUUAAAAUUUUGGCAGGGACGUCCCAAGAGUCGAAGAAGAAGGCGAACGGUGGCUCGCCGGGGGCGGCGAAGAACCACAAGUCGAACAACAAGGGCUCAAGCAAAAACAGCAAAGCUGUGACCUGCGACCCCGGGCGCCCCAACUGCUCCACCGGGUUCACCACGGACAUUCACGCUCCCUUUUUUGAUAAAAACUAUAGUAACCUGAGCACUUUAGGCAAUAAUGGACCUACCCAUAAAAAACUCUACCGUCAUAAAUCCAGUUCGAAAUCACUGAGGGAUGAGAACUGUAAAAUCAAGCGGACGGACCGCGAACAGCCCCACAAGGACCCACCCGUGACAGCUGCUUUUGAGAAACUGAGGGAAUCAGACUCCAUUCUUCUUAAAGCAGAAACAGCAUUUUUGGGUUUUCCUGUAUUUGAAGAAGAGACUCCCUUUUCUAGAAAGACGGUUGAUGUUUGGUUUUUUUCUUACCGAUUUUUUUUCCCCGGUUGUUUUUUCUUUUUUUCCCCCCAUCGGUUCAUUUUUGAAAUCUGCCUUGUGGUCUGUUGAAAUGUAAGUGCUGAAAUGAAGAGUUUGAAAUUGUGGGAAUUUUAUUAUCUGGAAGCAAACCUAAUCUGGUAUUCUCUGUGAAAGACUGUUUUAAAAGUCAUACUGUUGUACAGUAGUUUAUGCACUAUUACCCACAACAACAAAAAAUUGUGCCAAACUAUGAACAAGUGACUGUAUUGUAGAUAUUUUUACUUCUCUAUCAACAUUGGGUUGUGAGUGUUUUCUGCAGCUAUGCCUUUUGGUUUUACUAGAAACAUUCCAGUUGUUAAGUACUAACCAUCCCCCUUUGAAAGCACCUGUAACUCACGAUGAAAAAUGAUAUUGUUCACUGAUACAACUUACCAAAAGUUUUAUGGACAUGACUAGAAGUGUGCCAAAUUUACUUACCUCAUUUCAUGGAUUCACCCUGUGGUUUAAAGCUCAUAAAGGGAAGAAAAAAAAAAAAAAGAAACAAAAAGGGGGGAAAAAAAAAGAAAAAAAGGAACUUUGAAACCGAUGCUGGGAAAUGGUAACGUCCUCUCUUUGAAACCACGAGCAGAAAAACUUAAUGGUGAAAUGUUGAGUUUCAUUAUAGGAGAGAGUUGCAAUGGUGGAGGAGUUCAGAAAACCACUGACGGUAAGUUUGCCAGGAACUCAAGUGUCUGCAUCUAGAGACUACAGAACAGCUGCUUUUCAAGUGUCUGUUUUCUUAAAGCAAAACCUGUAGCUGAAGAUCAUUUGAAAUGCAAAGUUACAUUGCUAAUUCUUUGUAUCUCAGUUUUAUAUAUUUUAUAAGAACCUGGGAUAAAUUCUGAAAUAGGUAUAAAAACAGAACUAAUACAUUUCAUACAUUGAGUGCUAUUCACUUUUCCUUUGGAUAGUUUCUUAAACAUUUUCGAUGCAGAGCCUGUCAGAAGCGCUCUCCCAUCAUGGCUUUGGUGUUUCCUCCAUGUCUAACCUUGCGAUGCCAAUAUAGUUUGAGCUUUCAAAAGCAGAGUCAUUCAUUUAAAACACAACUCUGAACCUUUUCUUUGAUUCAGUUCAUGAAACAAAUACAACCAAUGGAGCUAUUUGUGAUCUCACCAAUCAGGGCCGGAUCAUGACUGGACUUUAUUAAGACAGCGUUAAGUACUGAAUGCUAAAUGUAUUCUCAAAAGGCCUUAUUUGUAACCCUCCUCACCACACCCUCGCCCUCCACGAGAAUAAGGAACUCAACAAAGAUCUAUCUUCCUUGUGCAACUGAGAGCCUGUGCGUUUUGCUGCUGAUUUCUCAUGAAAACCCUUGAUAUGCAAGAGCCCUGGGAGCGAUUGGGAGCAGAGGGAAGUGAGGCUUGGACACCUUAUGCAGUAGCAGGCGGUGAGGAAGAGGAGCCUUUCUAGCAGUGGACAGAUCUCGUUGCUGAUACGGCCACAGGCGUAGAUGUGGUGUCACACAGAGGGCAGGACUGGGCUCAGGUUUCCUCCCAAGUCAGUUUUUUUCCACCCACACACCAGGCGAAGCAGCAGAAUUGGUUUAAGUUAAUUUAGCAGAAAAAGCAGAGUAAUCACUUAAAAUCAGAGUGGAGAUGCAGAGUGUUAGGUUAGAAUCACGUUUUCAGCACUUGCAGAUCUUGGGUGCAGCUCAGCUCAGCUCUGCGAUCCCAGAGAGAACAGCUCGGUAGUUGCAUUGUGUUUUAUUUAACAGAUGAGAGGACAAACUCUGAAAAAAAAAAAAUUAGUAAUUAAAAAAACACCCUGCAAGUUCAUUUUUUCAUGGAAUAAAUGCUGGCAUUGCCUGGAGUGGGAUGAGAGUGGUCCCUGGUGCCCCAUGGCAUGCAGCGUCCCACCCCAGCUCUGGCUCCAGGAGGGAGGUCCAGAAGAUGCUCAGGAUUUCCUCUGGAGACAAGAGCUGUGGUAGGCCUCCAUCCCUGGCCUCUGGGCUGGCCUGCAGCCACCACACUCUCCCUGCUUCCCCAGCAGCUCUCUUUUCUGUUCACAGGCUCAUCACAUACCACAAGCUCCAACCACUGCUGUGGUGGUGGCAUAUCCCAGUUUUUGAUCAUUCCCUCCAUGUGCUGCAGGAAUGGUCUGGCAGCUCCCUUCCUUUGGAUGUUCUGGCUGCUGCUCUUACAGAGACAGGUCAGGCCCAGGGCUGGGAUGUGGCACAGACCUUCUUUCUGACCCAGAACCAUCAGCUGAAAGCACAUUUCACCUGGCCUGCACUGUGCUCCUUAUGGUUAAUGCUAUGAAUAUGGGACUCAGAAUAAAACCCCUUGACUGGAUGGGAUAGCAAUACUUACUGCAUCUGAGAAAUGUGCAAUAGGGCAUGAAGAUCAGGCAUGAAACAUAUCAACUGUUUUAUCCAUGGAUACCCAGCUGGGUGUUCCAGAACGGUGUUAAUCACAAUUCCAGCUGCCUUGUUGCUCUCCUUCAGUCCUUCUACCAUUCCAGUUGCUGACAGCUUUGGUGGUCAUCCCAUGUCCUCCAAAAAUCUCUGCUGGGGAGCUGUUAAAGAGCCUGGGUCCCUCAUGGUGUGGCACUGGCCCUUCCCUGUGGCUGAAAAGGUCAUCACUCUGCUGCUUGACCCCAACAUUUAGAAAUUGCCUUGAGCUGACCAUUUGCCCUCCUCCCUUUUCAUCCUUAUGGAGUAUUUGGGUGGGAAGGGAUCUUUGAAGGCCAUCUAGUCCAACUCCCCUGCAAAAAGCAGGGACAUCUACUAUACCAGGUUGGUCAGAGCCGUGUCUGACCUGACCUUGAAUGUUUCCAGGGAGGGGACAGCCACCACCUCUCUGGGCAACCUGAGCCAGCGUUUCACCACCCUCAUAAAACAUUUCUUACUCAAGUCCUUGUCGGCAGGGCUGCUCUAAACCCCUUCAUUUCCAGCCUGUGGAUCCCAGGGACUGCCCCAUCCCAGGUGCAGCACAUCACAUUUGGCCUUGUUGAGCCUUCUGAGGUUCCCCUGGGCCCACUUCUCGAGCAUGUCCCUGUCCCUGUGGAUGUCACUCUGUCCCUCAGGUGUGUUAACCUUACCACUCUGUUUGGUGUCAUCUGCAAACCUGCUGAGGGGGCUCAAUCCCAAUGUCAGCAUCAUUGGUGAAGCUACUCCACGUUGCUGGUCCCAGGACAGACCCUUGAGGCUCAGCACUCAGCUCUGGUGUCCUCCUGGACAGUGAGCUGUUGACCACUGCCCUCAGGAUGUGGCUGUCCAACCACUUCAUCUGCUGAACACUCAAUCCUUCAAAUCCAUCUCUCUUCAGUUUAGAAAGGUGUUGUGGGGACUGUGUGAAAGGCUUUACAGAAGUCCAGACAAAUGACACCUGGAGCCCUUCUCUUGUCCGUGGAUGCAGUCACUCCAUCCUAGAAGGCCACUGGGCUGGCCAGGCAGGAUUGCCCUUGGUGAAGCUGUGCUGGCUGUCCUGAGUCACCUCCCUGUCCCCCAUGAGCCCCAGCAGAGUUUCCAGGAGGGUCUGGUCCUGGUCUUCCCAGGCACAGAGGGGAGGCUGGCAGGGCAGUGGUUCAAUGGUUUCAUUUUCCCAGUCAUCCAAGGCAUCACCUGACUGCCAGGACUUUUCAGAUACUGUGGAGAGUGACUUGGCAACUCCAUCAGCCAAUUCCCCCUGGGCUCUGGGAUGCAUCUCAUCAGGUUCCAUAGCCUUAGGUAUAUUCAGGUUCCUCAGAUGGUCACAAACUUGAUUUUUUCUUAUAGUGGGAGGGUCUUUGCUCCUCCAAUCCCUGUCCUGUGAUUCCACCACUCAUGGGAGAUGGAAAGAGAGGUUUCCUCAACCUUGUCAUCCAUUGUUGCCAGUCUGCCAGUUGUGUCACACCUGCUUUGACCCUUCCUUUUCAUGCUGACACACCUGUAGAGGCCCUUGUUAUUCUCUAUGUCUCUUGCCACAUGCAGCUCCAUCUGCACCUUGCCUUCCUCACCCUGUCCCUGAACAGCCUGACAGUAUCCCAGUUCUCUUCCCAGGAUAUCUGUCCCUGCUCCUGCUGCCUGUGCAUCUCCUCCUGCCCUUCAGCCUGACCAGCAGGUCUCAACCCAGCCAGGCCAGUCUCUUGCCUUCCUUGCCUGAUUUCUCACACCUGGGGAUUGAGAGCUCUUGCUUUCUGUGAAGAGCAUCCUGAAAGAUCUGCCAGCUCUUUUGUGCUCCCUCUCCCCAAGGGCACUUUCCCAGGGGAUCCUCCUGAUCCACUCCUUGAGGAGCCAGCACUUUACUUUCCUAGGAUUCAUCUCCACCUGCCUAUCACUACCUCAAGGGUUUCACUUCCCACCUUUGCCUCAUCCCUCACUGUACAAGCUCUUGUUCUCCAAUAGCAUUUUUGUUUUUCAUGGCACUGCUCACAGCUGCCACCCCACACCCCAGGGCUCCCUGCCCUGCUUGUGCUGGCUCCCACCUUGGCCCAUCCUCUUGCCCAGUCCCACUGCAGCUUCCAUCCUCCUCUUGCAUCUCCUCAUUGGGCUCCAGGACCUUGUUGGCUCUUGGGAGUGAUGAAGCCAAGCCACACAAAAGAUAUUUAUUCUGCAGCAUCCCUUAAAAUGUCUUUUCUGCUUCAUCUCUUUUCACUCCAACUCCAGUGCAGGAUGGGAGGGUGGUGCCAGCAGUGCUGCUGAGCCGUGGUGUCACCGUGAUCUGGGUGACUUAGAAUUGGCACUGGUGUUACAAAGCAGGGACUGGGCACUUCCAAAGGUUGUAAAAUCCAUCUGAUAGGAGAAUUCCACAGGGCAAAGGUGGUAUUUACCACUCUGCCAUAGGAGCAUGGGUCUCCCAUGGCACAGGAAUAGGAGAGAUGUCCUGCAGAAAGGAAUCCUGCAGCAGGAGCCAACCCAGCCCAUGGCCAUCAAUUGCAUUUAGAGGUUUUGUAAAUAGAAAAAUAUCAGUGAUGGGGAUCCAAUAAAAACCUUUUGGGUUUUUAUUACAAAAUACAUUUACCAGGUUUACAUCUUGCUUUUUUUUUUUUUUUUUUUUUUUUUUUGAGCAUAGGAGGAUGGAUGUUUUUAAAGAACAUCUUGAGAAUAAUGACUUGUGAACCAGAGGUAGCCAGGCAUUUUGGGAGGAGGAGGAAGAGGAGGGCAGGGGCAGCCACAGGACUGUCCUUGCCAUGCUGUGCUGUCCUGCUGAGGCUGGGUUGGCUUGGAGAGGAGAAGCCAAGGCUGGCUGGUGAUUGCUUGGAGAAACCAUUGCUGCACCGUUUGCUCUUUUAAAAAAUCAGGAUCGCUGUUAAUUUUUUCAGCAUUAUGGGCCAAACAAGCCAGGAACCAAAAUAAAGAUGUUUUAAGCAUUGUCAUCCUUGAGCUGCUGGACCAUGUUCUUUCUCUAAGCUCCCAAUCUAGCAGAGCACUUAGGUGAGAGCUCACUCCCAAGUGCUUUCCCAGCCAGUGAUGUCAAGUCCCAAGAGAAACUCCCCUGAAGUCAGUGUAAGUGGGAAGAGGAUCAGGAGUGUGGGCUUGGGUUGGUGCAGGAUCAGGCCUUUACUUUCUCAGCUCAGUGUGUUGGACUUUGCCUGUGCAGCUCCCAGGGUGGCCAGAGGAGGUUGCAUGGUUCAGACCACUGACAUCUAUUGGAGAAUGUGCCUCUUUAUCUCUUCAGCAUGUGAAAUAAUGCAAAAAAAAAAGAAGAAAAAAAAAAGAAAAAAAAAAGAAAAAUAUAUAAACUAAACCAAGUACAAUGUCUGUGGUAGAAGCAAGGCUUUUCAAAUCUGUUUCUCAGGUAAACAAGUGACACUAAUGACAGUGGAGUAACAGCCAUCUAAGGGAAUUGGGAUCUGAAGCAGGAGGAUUCCCUCCAUCUCGCAGGACGCUUGGGUUGCCAGACACGUUUACUGAGCCUUUAAUCACUUGGUGCAAAAGGAAACGAGAAAUAAAAUUGGUCUCUUCACUACCCUUCGCUAGCUAGACAGACAGACAGACAGACAGACGUCCAUUUCUAAAGCACAAAGGGAAGACUUAAACCUAGACUAAACCACACACAAACACACAAAAGCAAGGUACCAGUGAAACUCCUUUUGUCUCUUACCCCCGGUGGGAAGCAGGGUAGAAAUCCAAGGAGCUGCUCUGUUCCGCUGCCCCGGCGCCGCCGGGCGCCUCGACUGCUGCCUCCAGAGAUGUGAAUGUACUGCUCCUUGAGUUCCCUUCCAUAGAACUAGAGGCACCUCGUUAGGAAGUUGCUCCUGUUUUAUGGUGCUAAAGAAAACUUUUAUUCCCCCCCUCGAGCAUUUAAGAACUAUUAAAUGGCCCUUUUUAUGAAUGUAACAUAUCCAUUUCUGUUCCACAUUUUACACUGCAAUUUUAACAUGUUUGGAAAUUAUUUGCCUUUUUUCUUUUAGAAUAAGCUUUAUAAAUAUUCUGUAGAGUCAAUUGAAGUAUAAUUCUUAAGGAUCACUCUAAGACGCCUACAAAAUCUUGUAUAUUUUUAAGUGUGCCAAUUUGUAAAAUAUUUUGUAAGUGUAUAUUUUUCUUAGAAAAGUGCUGUGAAGUGUUUGUAUGUGUGAGGUUUCCCUUUUUUUGCACCUUCGGGUGUUAAUAAAAGGAUGUAUACUUAAGAGUUUCUGGUUUUAAAAACCAAAAUACAAAGAAAAAAAUUAAACUUUUGUUGGGAAUUUUGUAAUAAAAAGAAAUGUUGUGAAAGAGUGUAGUGAUAUUGUGUAAAGGAAACUGGAAAAUUUGUGAGCGCUUUGCUGUUUUAUAGAUCCUCUUGUAAAUUAUUCUUGUAAUAUUUUGGGUUUUGUUGUUCUUGUUGCAAAGGUUUUAAAUAUUUGUGACUGACUCUGUAUGGUGAAAACGUCAUAUUGUUAACUUGCUGAGUUUUGUUAUAUUGUUUAUGGAAUAAAUAAAAAAAUUUAAAAUCUCAUUUUAAGAUCAUGUAUGAAGAAGAAAUUAAAACUGCCAUUUAUUGAA